GCACCCGUCCGGCAUCUAGUACCGUUCGUCUUGUCCGUGCAUAGCUGACCACCACGCGUCUCGAUCGCAGGUUGAAACGUUUGCAGAUCUAGAAGCGAAAAAUCCGCAGGAUAACGAAAAUGGCUUCGUUCAAGUAUCUGAUAUUCAUCGCCUUGGUCGUACGCAGUGCUAUUGCUUCAGCUCCAAUACUCUCUUACUCCAUCGUAGUCCCACCUGUAUACCCAUACGCUUAUUCUGCUUAUCCAAGCCAUGUGGCCUACAACAGUUAUUCAGCCGAAGAUGACGGCAAAUACUGGCCCGGUAAAUACGAAAAGGCCGAGGUAUCUGUCUACAGUCAUGCACAGGACGAUGGUCAAUACUACCCUGGUAAAUACGAAAAAGCUCCGUUAGUUGCAGCUUACAAACAAGAGCAGGACGAUGGCCAAUACAACCCCGGUAAAUACGAAAAGGCUUCGUUGGUUGUACCCUAUAGCCAUGCACAGGACGAUGGCCAAUACUACCCCGGUAAAUACGAAAAGGCUCCGUUGGCUGCAGCUUACAACUACCCCGAAGACGAUGGCCAAUACUGGCCCGGCAAAUACGAAAAAGCUAGUGUCUAGGCUUACCCAGGAGCCUAUCACCAUAAAAAAAAAAAACCUCAUCUCCACAACGGCUCUCAUUUUGCGGCUGAUUAUAAAUAUGUAUAGUUAAAAGUGUUUAGUAUGUUGUUUUAUAUUAUAAUGGUGUAAAUACCUAAAUUCGGUUUAUUCGAACCAAAAAUCUGUAGUAGAGUUAAAAAAAUUAUAUCGUGUAUCAUAAAAUAUAUGCAAGUUACAACAUUUAA